UGCAAAGGCCUCUCUUCCAGUGAGGGAAAUGUUUGAUCAGAGCAUCAGAAGCAUUUGGAGCAGAAAAGGCAGAGAAGACAAGCACCAACAUAUUUCUCUUCUAGUCACUUGGGAACACACCCACCUCAGCAGAGAGAAUCCCCUUUGAUAGUAGUGGGAGGAGAACAAGGGAGGGAUUGAGAAUGCAUAACUGAGGCUGGAGAGGAGACCGUUCCUUGGGUGGGAGCAUGUGGGUGGCUGGAGCAGAGCUUUACCCUGCAGCACAGUGUGGGGGUGUGGGGAGACCUGCACAAGGAGCACAGCUGCACAUCCCUACUGCACGAGGUCCUGGGACCAACUGUGUGUGCCUGCAGUUGUGUACAUGGUUACACAGCAUAUAGGCCACAGAGAGUUUGGGCCUGAUUUUAGAAAAAUUCCCUGUACUUUCAAGACAGACCUUGCCAGGUUAGAACAGUGGUGCUGCUUGUGAGAUCCCUUGUUUUGGGUAAGUAAACUGUAGCCCUUUGGUUCCUUUUCGGGCAGGACCACACACAGACCACCACAAUCAUCUGUCUUCCUGUGCAUGAUUGGAAUUAACACAGAUUGAAGAUAAAGAAAAACUACAGAGAAAAUGACUGGUGCUCCCAGUGAAACUGAAGAACAGGAAAACGUCAGUGCAGUUUCCCUAUGAUCAGUUCGGAAAUUACUGAUAUCCUCUAUAUUUUAAUGACUUGGAUAUAAAAGUAGAAUUGUCCUGAUUAUGUUUUUCAUCUCUUUUCUGCCGUGCAGAAGCCAGUGACAAAAGCGCAAGACUGGAAGAAUUCAGUGCCAUGUGUUUGUAUUCUGUGAUCUUUUGACUAGAUGAGGUUCUUUAUUUCUGAGGGAAAAGUGGCCGUGGUCUGUCUGGUGCACUGCUCCGCCAGUGUGAUUUUGGGGACCUUUGCCCUCUGCCAGCACUGACUGGUGCUGAGGGCUCUUCAGAGGGGCACCGCUUCCCAUGGGAAAGCAGAAGCUGAGCAGCAGGACCAGCUCUGCCUUGAGCCCCGGUGUCACUGAUGGGGUGAUGUGUCCUCAGGUAGGCCAUGACAUGGGGUGUCCCUGUGCUUUCUCCUGGUCCCUGGGCAGAGGGGAAGUGAUGCACCAGAAAGUGCCACAAUACAGAAAGUGACCCACUGCCAAUGAGGCCUGCUAGAAGUGAAGGAUUAAUAGAGAGUCAGGAAAGGCAAGAUUUCAGGAUGAGAACCUGUUCACCUGGAGUUCCUCAGCUGUCCUGCUGCAUUUCCUGGUUAUUGUGAUGUUAAUUGUGCAACUUCCACCCCAAAUGAAUGCAGGCUUUUGUACUUUUAGCACCAGAGGCCUUUCUAAGGAAAAUGGAAAGUACUUGAGAUGAAUGAAAGAGACACUGAGGUUACAAGAUGGUGACAAAGCUGAAGGUAGGCACGUUUUAUCGUUUUAUCGUUACAGCCAAAAAUUUGUACUGUCCUCAUGUGAGCCAUUCCAUCAGUAAUUUUUUCUGCUUCCAAACUGGGAUGACCACUGCAGGUGAGGAGUCAGCAAUGCUGCUUGUGGGGUAAGGGAGGAAUUUUUCUACUAUGUUGUGGUGGAAACAUUCACCCAGUCCCAUUCUGAAACUACAUCAGCAAUUUUGUCUGGGGCUUUUGGAGAUAGAAUUAAGACACUUGUGGGGAGAGGUGAAGUCUGGGGAGCACUAUAUACCAGGAAUGGCUCAUUGUGAAAGCUUUGAUCUCACAGGAGGGAGGGUUUGACACUAUUUAUUGAAAUCUGUGUUCCAAAACAGAGCUAAGAAUAUCAAAGCAAUUUUUUAAAAAACAAUUGUAUUUGGUUGUUGCAUUCAGAGAUACAAGAAAAACUGAUUUCCACAUAAAUUUAAAAGAGAGACAGGGAAGAGUUUAAGGAAAUGUUGAGGACGGGUGCUGUAAACCUUCACAGCCACAAGCUGUCACACAAAGUACAGCAGGUAAAUGUAUCACUGCUCCAGAUCAACUGCAGCAAAGUGAGUCAGCUUUUAUUCAGCCUCUGGCCUAAAUCCUUUCUUUUAUAGGGUUUGUGCUGCCUUUGGGCUUGUGCCCCCUCUCAGGGGCUCUUGGGUCUGCAGAACUGAGCUCUUGUUCCUGCAGCACGGCCGUAUCACAGCCCACUGCCACAGCCAGCCACCUCCCCUCAGCGCAGGGGGUUGUGUGGAGAACGGCAGCAUUCCAGUGACCCCAGAGUUUCUAAAAGAACAGCAGAAGGAUAAUCAAGAGCCUUUGAUGGAGCUCGCAGCUUCAGUGUUAAAUAACACCCGCUCCCAACAGCUGAGUGGGGGCAGGACUCAUUCCAGAACUAUUAAUAAAACCCCUAUUUAUACUCCAGGUUCCUGUGAACGGUGCAGCAUAAAGCUACAGCUGCGGAACGAAAAUGGAAUAAAUGUCAGCCUCCAGGGAAAGCACCAUCCUACGGGAAAGGAGACAGCCAAAGGACAGCACAGAGGCAGGUUUCAGACCUGAGGAAGCAGAGAGCGAACAGCAGCACCCUGAGCUUACAGCCAGUGGGCAGAGCCAGCCAGUCACCUCCCUGCAGCCGCAGGUCUGUGCAGAGAGCUGCCAGAGAUGCAGCGUCAGAGGCAGCUCCCACUGAUGCCGGCAGAGACCAGCGAGAUUUGAGCUGCCACUCCACUGAGCUGGGACCAGGUGUGCCUCAGGGCAAAGGUGCAAGAGCCAGAAAGGACAUUUGAGAAGGCAUUGAGUGCAUUGUCUGCUGGACCGGAAAGAUAAUGGAGAGCACGGGAGGGCCAUAUCUGAACACAGCUGCUGUGACUUCCCCUGUAGGAAUAGCUCGAUUGCUGCAGAUGACCUUCGGAUGUACCACAUUCAGCCUGGUUGCCCACCAAGGGGGGUUCAGUGCCGCAUAUGGCACCUUCUGCAUGUUUGUCUGGACCUUCUGCUUUGCCAUCACUGUGUUCAUCAUCACCUGUGAGUUCACACACCUGCACAGCUGCCUGAGUCUCUCCUGGGGAAACUUUACUGCUGCUUUUGCCAUGCUUGCCACACUCAUGUCCAUCACAGCUGCAGUGAUCUACCCGCUCUACUUCGUCCAGGUGGGCUGUUACCCCAUCGGCUGUGAGGUGAGAGAUUUCCGCAUUGCAGCCAGCGUCUUUGCGGGCCUUCUGUUUGUCGCGUAUGCCACUGAGGUGUUCUUAACCAGGGCAAAACCAGGACAAGUCACCAGCUACAUGGCUACUAUCUCUGGGCUCUUGAAAAUCGUUCAGGCCUUUGUGGCCUGCAUCAUCUUUGGGGCACUGGUGAACGACAGCCAAUAUGGUAAAUACGUGGCGACACAGUGGUGUGUGGCUGUCUACAGCUUUUGCUUUGUGGUGACAGUGGUGGUAGUGGCCUUCAGUGUCACAGGUAAGACUGCCUUGCUGUGGUUCCCUUUUGAGCGUUCUGUGGUCAUCUACACCUUUGGGGCUGUGCUGCUCUACAUGAGUGCUGCGGUCAUCUGGCCAGUGUUCUGCUUUGACAGCAAGUAUGGCUCCCCACGACGCCCUGGCCUCUGCGCCAAGGGGAAGUGCCCCUGGGACAGCCAGCUGGUGAUUGCCAUCUUCACCUAUGUCAACCUGCUGCUCUAUGUCUUGGACCUGGCAUACUCCCAGCGCAUCCGCUUUGUCUCACACCUCUGAAUUGUGGGUUGGCCUCUGUGGAGGCAUCCCAGUGCUGUGAACCACUGAAGAUGCAGAGGGAUGGGGCAAGGGGCAGGGAGGUGCUGGGCAGGCAUGCGCACAGCACCAACAUCAAGGUGAGGACUGACUACACUAAAAAAUUAAUGACCUGGAGCAGGUGGGCUGCAGCCGAUGCAAAGCACAGCCCAACUCCCCCAUGGUUCUGCUUCACCUUCCUUCCUGGUGCCAGCACAAAGGAAUGACACAGCUCUACAUGCAUCUGCAGACAGCAGGAAUGCUUGUAGCCACAGCAGUGAGGCUGCUGGCUAGCAGGUUAUUGAGCCAAAUAUUAGGAAAGACACCAAGGAUUUUGAAACUGUUAACCAGUGCUUAAUGGUAACCAAGUGACUACUCAGGAAGUGGAAAAGUUAAAAGCUGCAUGAAGGAACACCAGAAGAUGAAAAUCAAUCCCUCGGAGUUUGGGUUACUUUGGGCUGUGUGGUGAGAUGUGGAAUGCCUGCAAGUGUGGGCAGUUCGGUCUGGGUGUUUCUGAGAAGAACAUCAUAGCCAUAAGAGUAUUUUGAAGGUUACCAGUCUUUCCCCUUCAUCUCCUUUGCUGUCUAGCACGGAAAAGGAAUAUCCUCAAGUGUACACCUUGGAGGAGGCCUAGGAUAUUCCUAUUUAGCAAAAACUGAGUCACUACAGAAAUGAAAAUUUGUAAAGUUGGGGCUCUACUGCUGAGAAUCAGGUUGCAGAGCAGAGCCAACCUGCAAAGUGACUGUGUGUGACCUGCCAUCCUCACUUGAGCAGCACAGAAAGUAGCUUGGCACAUGCUCUGUCUUGAUUAAUGGGCCACCAUUUCUUUACACUGGUGUCAAGGGUUUUUUUCUGGAGGCUUGAAGAUAAGUUCUGAGGGAGUGUGAAAGGGGAGGCAGAGACUAAUUGAUCUCACGGUGCUGCACAAGAGACCAAACCAGGCAGGGAGGGGGCAUGGACAAGACGGGACAUGACAGAACUUGCAUACAGUACCCCAGAGCAGCUCAGGCACAGGAUUCCUGAGCACUCUGCAUCACCAAGUAGCCGAAUGUCUCAGACGCAUCCCUGACUAAACAUCCACUUUGAAGUUCCACACUUCUCAGCUCAGAUUUCAGGCUCCAUAGAAAUCUUCAUUUGUUCCAGGGAGAAGGCAGAGUGUCCAAGUGCUUGUGCAGCUCAUGCAGACUUGAGUACUUUGAUUAAAAUCUCCAGUAGCUGCCUGUCAGAAUCAAGAUUUAUUUUUUAUCCAAAAUAAAAUAAAGCUGAAUGGCAGAUGUACGCUUA